GUCAAAAAUCGCCACCGUCUCUGGAAAAGUCAGUUCACAUUUUCUGGGAAUUUACUUGAGCAAAGUUUAGUUGAAAAUCAACCCGGGAAACAGAUCUCAGUCGCAAUUCAAGUAAACCGCUUCGGCUUAUUAGCUUUCUCUCUACGCUAAGGCGUAGCGUUGCCGGAACGCGGUCUGUAAACACACUUCUGCUGCUGCCAUUGUGAGCUGCUACUACUAGUACAAUAACAAGGUACAAGGCGGCGUCUAUACAUACACUCCCGCCCCUCAGUCGCUGUCUCGUUCGCUUUUCACUUUUAGUAGUUUUCAGUUUCCUUUGUCGGGGCCUGGUUGCCUGUACUUCCCUCUUUUCUCCUUUUCAAAAUCCUAGUACUGAGAAAUUCUCCUUGUAGUAAAAUUUCCUACAAAUUAGAGGUUUCUUCUAGGGUUUAUCAUUCCUCCGCUGUAGCUCUACUCUUUUGUUUUAAUGGCGACAUUUGGAGCAGCAGCUGCUUCAAGUUACAACCCCAACCGCUCUGCUGAGGUGGUGCAACCGCCCAGUGAUUCUGUGUCCAGCCUUUGUUUCAGUCCGAAGGCUAACUUCCUUGUCGCCACUUCUUGGGAUAAUCAGGUGAGAUGUUGGGAGGUAAUGCGGUCUGGAACCAAUGUUAGUACCCUGCCUAAGGCUGCAAUGGCGCAUGACCAACCGGUUCUGUGCUCCACGUGGAAGGACGAUGGAACUACUGUCUUUUCUGGAGGAUGUGAUAAGCAAGCCAAGAUGUGGCCUCUGUUAUCUGGUGGUCAGCCAGUGCAAGUGGCCAUGCAUGAUGCCCCCAUCAAGGAGAUUGCUUGGGUCCCUGAAAUGAACAUGUUGGUAACUGGAAGCUGGGACAAGACAUUGAGGUAUUGGGAUUUGAGACAGCCGAAUCCAGCUCAUGUUCAACAACUUCCUGAGCGCUGCUAUGCCCUUACUGUUAGAUAUCCUCUGAUGGUUGUUGGAACUGCUGAUAGAAAUCUUAUAGUGUAUAAUUUGCAGAACCCUCAGACAGAGUUCAAGAGAAUCACUUCGCCGCUAAAGUACCAGACGAGGUGUUUAGCUGCCUUUCCUGAUCAGCAAGGUUUUCUGGUUGGCUCCAUAGAAGGCAGGGUUGGAGUUCAUCAUCUUGAUGAUGCACAACAAAAUAAAAAUUUCACCUUCAAGUGCCACAGAGAGGGCAACGAGAUUUAUUCUGUCAAUUCGCUGAACUUUCACCCUGUCCAUCAUACAUUUGCAACUGCUGGUUCUGAUGGUGCCUUCAACUUCUGGGACAAGGAUAGCAAACAGAGGCUUAAGGCUAUGUCGAGGUGCAGCCAACCCAUUCCUUGCAGCACAUUCAACAGUGAUGGUUCAAUAUUUGCAUAUUCGGUAUGUUAUGACUGGAGCAAGGGCGCUGAAAAUCACAAUCCAGCAACUGCAAAGACCUACAUACUUCUGCACUCAGUACAGGAAAGUGAGAUUAAAGGCAAGCCAAGAAUUUCCACUGGAAGAAAGUGAAGCGGGUAGUCAUUAUCAUAGAUGAAGAAUAUACAUUUUGUUCUGUACAUGAUAUUCUAUCAAAAUAGGAGUGUCUUUUUGCUUUGAGCGCCUAUGUUUCUUGUUAGUUAAAUUUUUGCAUUCCCUUGAUAUGGCGUUUUCAAGUGUCCCCUUUCCAGAUUGGCAUUUGCCAUUUACUCUUGUUGUUUUGAGUUGGGGUGCAUCAAAUAUCGCCCUUAUUAUAUAGUUCUUAGAAUGAUUCCACUUCUUCCGUCUUUAUAGAGGCUUUUCGUGUUUAAGAGCA